UGAUUGAAUUACUAUGAACACAAAUAGAUCCGUAUAGCUAUGUAUAAAUCGGGUAGUUCCAUUUUUUUUUUUUUUUUUUCAUUUUUAUUAUAUCUACGUCCGUGCAGGCGCCUAUAAUUUAUUUCGCGAUAAAAUCAUUGCCAAUUUUAUCGUAAACUCCAUACAUACGUCAAAUUUCAGUCAAAUUUUGUUUUUAAUGUUUUCCAAAAGAAUUGAAAAGAAAAAAAAACAGAAAAAGUCCGCACCUCAAUUUUGCCGAAAUAUUGUACAGAGUGGAUGAAAAAUUGGUUUAUAUUACGUUGACUGUCGAUACCGACGUUGUGAUCUAAUUUGACGGUGGCGCGUGCAUGUGUUACAUAGUCGCGUAUGUGGUACAUAGGUACUUCGCGUAUGCAUACCAUUUCACGUUACAGCUAUCGGUGUAUAUAUGUAUGCGACGCGCAUUCCGCGUUCAUCAGAUUCCACUCGCGGUUGAUUGUGUCACGUAAUUACGCUACACACACACACACACACAUUCACCUUGGAACGUUAAACUUGCGUUGUACCUGCCCAGGUAUACGUGUAACCGAAAAUAAUAUUAGAAAUUCUUCUGAAAGUUUUUUUUUUUUUUUUUUGUUUUAUUAUUUUAAAGUUUCGAUAAAAUCAUUACCGCUCUGCAUCACAUAAAUAGCUGCUGUCUAGUAUAUAGGUAAUAUAUUAAUUAUCAUUUAUUAAAUUACAUAUUGUCGAACGGAGAUAUGAUUAUAUUAGAAUAACUGGUUGUUGAUUGAUAUACAAAUAUAUGCAAAUAGAAUUUUAGUCGAUGUUUUAUUAUAAAUCUUAAUUAAAUAGUGCGUGUAGUUGUGUAUACUAAUUACCACCAGUAAUUAACGAAAAUACAUAUUUCAUGCUGUGGAAAGUGCAUAUAUUUUUAUAGUACCGAUACACGUAAAAAACAAAAAAUGACAACAGAACGGAUAAAAAGAUUAGAGGAUUAUCUGUAUGGUUAUUAUACGGUAGAUACGAAUAUACAGAGUGAGUCGUUUCAAACUCCGAAGAUGGGAGGAGCCUCGUUCGGUUUCCUCGUCCAAUCGGAGCGCCGCGCACGAGAAAAAUUGAAAGAAUGAGAAAAUACGACUGAAUAAUUCAUCGUGUCUUUCGAAUCAGGCUCCUCCCAAUAUCGGAGUUUGGAAAAACUCACCCCGUAUGUAACACACAAAUUAUGACAUCCAUAUCGCACCAAUAUACGUAUAAAAUUGAUACUAGGAAUAAUUUGUGUAGCCAUUAGCGCCAGUAGUUCUUGGUAGUUCGAUAAUUAAUCUAUAUCACAAUUUGGAUUCUAUCUUUUCUGAAUGUCUCUGCUGUGCGUGUGUCUGUGAUUUUACGCACACACAUAUAACUAACGAACACGUGCACACGGACACACACACACGUAGUGCUGCUGCAUCGUAUAGGGCUGUCGCAGAUCUUAUUAUAUGUGUAUUGGAUAAUACAGAGGAUAUACCGUGUGCGUUAUAUCCUCGCAUCAAAGCACCACCAUUUUAUUAUAUCAUCACUACUAUCUCGGCAUACAUAUUCAUAGAAAUAAAACCAAAUAUCUAUACAUAUGUUAGUUCAAUAUAUCGCACAGUAGCUUCGUAGUGAACGUUGAAUAUUAUAUAUGUAACGCAGUAUUAAUUAUCACGAUUAUCAUUUAUUAAUCAGCUUCUAUUUUUCCUUUAUUUUUUCCUAAUUUUUUAAACUCGAAGAAUUUCGGUGAUUCGAACUGUAAUCGUCGUAUCUACGUCGAUGGAAAUUCCAUUUAAUUACCUUUUGGUUUUUUUUUUUUUAUUUAUAUCUUUGCAUAUCUAGCAGUCCAAGCAUCGAGCAUUAUAAUAUAUGAAGUUGUACGUACGUAGUGCAGAUGAAAAUCAAAUAAAUGACAAAAUCAAUGAAAUAAGCUAAUCAGUAAUUGAUGACUUUGAUUUUUCAGGAAGAACAAAAUUAUCUGCCGUUGUAUAUUAACCUUAUAUAUAUGUGUCUAUAAGCACAUAUAUAUAUAUACACACAUAACUGGAAAUAACAGUCAGUUUUUUUUUUUUUUAUACAAAUAAAAAAAUUAAAAAAAGAAAAAGUGUUGUUCCCUAAAAAACAAACAAAGUCAAUCAUACAAAAUUCCUCACGAUACAUAUAUAGAAAUUUCACCGCAUCAUUACCUAUCUCUAUUGUACAUGUAUAACGUACCCAUAUAACAUUAGGAAUAUAUAAGGAGUUAAUUAUAACCUAUAUGUACCUAUAUAGUGUCGUACAAUAGUAAAAAUCAUACAAAUUAACAAUUAGUAGGUAGGUAGUUGAUAAUAUUAUUAUUAUUCUUAUCGUUGUUAUUACAUUAUAUUGAAAAUAACGCUCUCAUUGGUUAACCACCCUAUUAUCUGUAUACCAGUAACUGCCUAUAUAUAUAUAAUAAUAAUAAUAAUAAUAUAUACACACACAAUUAAUAUUUUACGACUUGUACUAAUUAAAAAUCUAGUUAGAAACUUUUCAAAUUUAUUUAUUCAUGUAUUACGAAUGAAUGAAUGAAUUGAUUAAUUCAUUAAUGAUUAAUCAAUUGAGUGUAAUUUGAUUAAGGAAAAGCAUGUGGUAAAAGGUGUCCAUUAUGUAUACGUUAUCACCUAUGUUUUAUAAUACCUAUUUAUACGUAAAUCUAUAUUAGAUCCUGAAAUUUUAUUUAAAAGAAACAAAAUGAUAUAAAAGUAAUCAAUAUGUCAUCCAAUGAAACACUUCUAUUUUCACUCUUUGUCGCUCGAAUAUCUUGAAAAAAUGAAUGAAAAAAGUUAAAGAUAAAGAAAGAACAAAAUUCGAGUCAAAGGAGUAUUAAAGAUGUGUCAUCACGAUUCCAUUAUGUUUUUCAAGGAGGCAGGUUACAUUACUACGGAUCGAAAGGCGUACUCGUAAACGCGGUCGUAAGAUGCGGACGCAGGAACGCGACGGAAAUCAAAAUCUGGACCAUCGCUGACAGUCCUUACCUCCAACUCCCUUUCCAGCGCCGGCAUGGAAGCGAACGGUGCCAUUGAACACGAUUUUCACAAUGCGCUAGUACCGAUAAACGGCAGCCAUUCAGGCAGCUCGGGAAGGAGCACCCCGAACGGAGGUGAUCCGGCACCGGGGAAAUUAUUCGUCGGUGGACUGUCUUGGCAAACGAGUAGCGAAAAACUCCGAGAAUACUUUGGAAUGUUCGGAACGGUCACAGACGUAUUAAUCAUGAAGGAUCCCGUCACGCAGAGGAGUCGGGGUUUCGGUUUCAUAACAUUUGCCGAGCCUGGGAGCGUUGACAAGGUUCUGAAAUGUCCGAUUCACACGCUAGACGGUAAGAAGAUCGACCCGAAACACGCGACACCGAAGAAUCGGGCGAAGCAAGCCAACCGUACGAAGAAGAUAUUCGUCGGUGGUGUGAGUCAGGACACGAGCAGCGACGAAGUGAAAGCUUACUUUAAUCAAUUCGGAAAAGUCGAGGAAACGGUGAUGCUGAUGGACCAGCAAACCAAACGGCACAGAGGAUUCGGUUUCGUUACAUUCGAGAACGAGGACGUGGUCGAUCGCGUCUGCGAAAUUCACUUCCAUACAAUAAAAAACAAGAAGGUCGAAUGCAAAAAAGCUCAGCCGAAGGAAGCCGUUCAACCGGGUGCGCUCGCUCUCGGGAAGAGGGUGGUUCUGGGAGCCUUGGGUGUUCGUCUGGCGCCCCAGCAGCCGCAUCCAGUCGCUUCCCAAAUCGUAGCAGCUCAAGCUCAGGCCCAAGUUCAAGCAGCGGCAGCCGCGGCAGCAGCGGCUCAGGUUCAAAACGCGGUGGCGGGUUACGGAAAACUUUUCGGAAGCUAUCCGGCUUUAUCAGCGUACAGAUACGCACCUUAUCCAAUACCUGGUACAAUGGCGACCGCGCCACCUCCGGCACCGGCACCGCAAGCAACGCCAACGGCACCGGCAGCUCCCGGUAACCCUUACCAAGGAUAUUCCCUGACAAACGUCGACAUGUCUAGUUUCCAGGGUGUGGAUUGGGGGUCCAUGUACGGUAUGGGAAUGUACGUCUAAAUACGCCCCGCGAGAUUAUUAUUCCUGUCAUUUCACGACGGUGUAAUCGCAUGAUAUUAUGAAUUAUUGCGUGAUGAGGAUUAUGCGUGCUCGGACACACACUCAACUAAUUAUUAUCACUGUAUAAACUUUGUUUUGUUUUUCUUUCUUUUAUUUUUUUCACGUCUGAAUUGAAAUUUGAAACUUCAAAUUUUACCACCUUGCCUCCACACGUUAAUCGAUAUUUUCUAUUCUACAUCAUUAUCGAAUAUAUACAUCGCCUGUGUCUCGCUCGCCAAGGUGCGUUUUGAAGAAAAAAAAAAAAACAAAAAAAAAAAAAAAUACGGCAAACUAAUUUACCGUCAAACUUUGAAUAUUAAUUAAGUUCGAGCAUUGAGGCUGGACCAGGAUAGAAGCUGUACGAAUGUUAUUACGGCUUAAACUAUGGGAUUUCCAUCUCAAUUACGGAGAUGAAGUAGAAAAAAGAUAAAAAAAAGAAAACCAAAAGGAAUACAAACAAUCACCGCAGUCUAAGUGUACAUGCAUGUAGCGCGUCAAUUUUCGUCGACAUUCCUACAAAAUACUACUACUACUACUACUACUACUAUACUACUACUACUACUUAUGCUACUUCUAUUACCACUACACUACUACCUGGUAAUAACGAGUGUCGUUAGGUAUAUUAAUUAUCGUUGUAUUAUUAUUGUUAGACAAUACACCGAAAAUAUUAAUGCAUGUUUGCAAAUGCAUAUUAAAUUAUGUUUGAAAGAAAACAAAAACGACAAAAAAAAAACUAAAAAACGACAGAAAAUAACAAAUAUGCCCUAACUUCGAAACGAGGGAUAACUGUAACUAUACCUUCUUUUUUAUGGUCCAACCCGAUCGAUCGACUUAUCGACUUUAAAAUAUACCUACAGCGACCUUUGGCGAGACAAGGUCGUACGCGAAGACUUGCUCAAGGCAAGGGCUUUGAAUUAAAAAUCUAAGAUAAUUUGAUCUCAAAUUCACGAUUAUAUAAAGUCAUGCAUAAAUUCAUUCAUUAAUCGGUAACAAUUUCAUCCACCCCAUGCACUCAUGCAUCGUCGACGCAUCACAUUUUUUUUUUUUCCCAAAAAUAUUCAAAACUUAAUCCUCGAUCGAAGCCAAAAAUCGCAAGUCUGAGGUGUUACGAAUUAUUCUUUUUCAGUUUUUUUUUUUCUUUUCCGUUAUUCGAUUAUCGAUUGUCUCGUUCUUAUCGUAUGAUAUACUUGUGUAUUAAUUUUCAGUUGUCAUUAUUUUUGAUAAACUUUUUUUUUUUUUUUCUUUUUCUUUCAAUUUCAAAACCAACAACUGUCGUUGAUAUCAACUCGUUCGAACCACAGUCGUUGCGUUUGCAUUCGGUUCCUAAUUUAUAGUUCAUAUCGUUCACAUAUACAAUCCAUCUGAACAUAAAAGCAAAAAACUAUCAUAAAAUAUCAUUCGUUAGAUUAGAGGGAAAAAAAUUUCAAAAAUAAUUAUUUGGUCAAACGUUAUAUAAAUGACACAAUGAUAUUUGACGUCGAAGCAAUAAUAUCAUCACGAUACAUACGCAUUAUAUAUAAUACGAAGAAGCUUGUCAAAUCUUUUGAAUUGAUAUUUUUUUACGUAUAUAAAUGAUGGAGAUGAACAAAAAGAGAAAAAACAAAAAAGAGAAAAAAAAGAAAAUUAAAAGAAAAAAAAAAAAUAGGUAACGAGAACAACAACAGCAACAACAACAACAAUUGCAGCGCUUGUAAAUUAUAAAUAUUCGUUUCGAAUUGAAAUCAUUGAAGUAAUCAAAGACAAUAUUCACUGCUCUCCACGGUUACAUACCUAUAUUUAUAUAUAUUUAAUAAUUUGAUAAGACUCAUUUGAACUAUACAUAACAUUAUACUAUACAUGUUGUACACAUACAUAACAUACCUAAUACUUAACUAUACUAUGAAUACUCGAAAGCGAAAAUAAAUGAAGAUGAUUGAAAAGAAAAAGAAAACAAACAAAAAAGAGGAAAAGAAAAAAUAACUAACAAUAAUUGAAAACUGCUCUACCUAAAAUUGAAACAACAUAAAUACUUAAUGCUAAAAAAUACUUAAUGUAGCCGUUAAGAAGAUACUUGAAAAGUUCUAAGGGUAGCUCAGUAAGUAAGUCGUUACUUAAAUUAUACAUAUGAUAAUAAUUUAUUUAUAUAUAGGUGUAUACAUACCCAUAGUACAUUUCAUAUAGUGUUACAGAUUUUUAUCUUUCUAUAUGCGUAUCUAACCGUUAUGUAUACACUUAUAUAUAUGAUAAUAAUUAAUCGAUAAUCAUAUUCUGAUAUUAUGAAUAAUAACAUUAAUUAUAAAUUAAAUAUCUCGUGAUGUUAAGAAUAUAAGGACUAGCUUAACGUUUUAAAAAGUAUUCAAUGAAAGAGACUCGAGUCAUUCGAACAAACGAACACAUUAAGCAACCGAUGAGGAUGAAAAAGAGAGAGAAAAAAAAUACAACAAAACGAAAAAAAACGUAAAGAAAAAUAAUUAAAUAACCGUUAAUGAUAAGUAAUAAUAAUGGUAACGAUAACAGCAUUAACAGUAAUAUUAAUUAUUAUAAAAACAAUAAUAAAUGAUAAGUAAUAAUAAGAAGAAAUGCGUGAAGGGCGCAGGAGUACAUAGUUUCAAAUCGAGACAAAUAACGAAAUAUUGAGGGCAAAGAUAAAAAAUAAAAAUAAUUAAAAAUCGAGUUAAAAUUAACAAAUAAAUAACUAAACUUUAAUCUAUACAUACAAGAGGAAAUUCGAGCAAUAAGUGAUUACUCAACUAUACUUAACAAUAAUUAAAAUAAUAAAAAUAAUCAUAAUAAUGAUAACAAUAUUAAUAAUAAUAAUCAUUAUUAUUUAAAUAUUGCUUAAUCAUUGAACGAAACGGGGAGAUAAAAUUAAACAAGAGAACGUAAGAGAUACGGAAUUAUCCUGUUAAACGAUAAGUAAUAAUUCUAGUGAUAUAACGUGCGAGUGAUAUGCAUUAUAUUAUAAUGGCGACAAGAUGACUUAUAUUUGUGUACAUCAAUUAAUUAUUCACCGUUGUAAAACAGAGAAAACAAAAAUAAAUUAGGUCACAUUACAGAAACAAAGGACAGGAAAAGAGAGAAAUGAUUAGGUAAAGAAAUGAAUAAAAUCGCUUCGGGUCAAUAUCGAAAUUCGUUUGAUAUGGAGAGAAAAAAAGGAAAAGAAAAAAAAAAAAAUAAUCGAUAACGAUGACACUUUGAUGACGUUGAACGAUAAAAAUAAUACCUAAUGUGAUUAUUUAUUAUGAAUGUAUAAAAUUAUUAUUCGUGUGCUCGAGAUUUUAAGAACCUUCGGCGCGUAUACAUAUAGUAUUAUUAAGUAAGAUAUUUUGGAAACUUGAAUGCAGGAGAAGAAAAGAAAAAGAGAAUGAAAAAAAAAAAGGAAAAAGUAGAAAAUUCACAUACGCAUGGAUUAAGAGAGUGAAAAAAGAAAAAAAAAAUAAUUAAUUGGUAUUAACCUACCAUCCUAAUAAUUAUCAAACUAGGUACUUACAUACACACAUGUUACAUACAUGGCUACACUCAACUCACCGAAAUACGCGAUCGACGUAAUACUUGGACGUACGUUCAAAAUCGGCAUAAAGUUUGUUAAAACGAAAGAAACAAAAAGAGAA